CAGCAGCAUUUCCAAAUUGGACCAAGCCGCGAGAAUGGGACGCUAUACCACGGACCUGGCGAGUCCGGCCUUUGACGGGCCCAAGACGCGACGCGCGUGCAUGUCGCCCGUGUCCUCCGACGAUGAAGAUGGCGACCGCUUUGACUUUGAGCCGCGCAAGCGAGCGCGCUCGGCCAAGCCGCCGGCCAAGCGGGCCAAGACGACGAAGCGGUCAGCCGCCAAGAAGACCAAGGAUGCGCCAGCGCCUUUCGUCGCGUACCUCGUCGAGUCGCUCAAGGAGAGCGUCCAGGCCAAGCUGAGCUUUGCUUUUGGCUUUGGCCUUGGCUCGAUCAUCCCGCUGCCGACCGGCGACGAGUGGACCGACGACAAGACCAAGCAGCUUGCCGAGUGGCUUGAAUCGCUUGGGUUCACGGCGCACAAGAGCACGAACGUAUAUCGGAUCUCGAACAAGCAGGCUGCGACCUUGUUGAAGUCGUUGCAGCCGACGGUCCAGCCCCACGCCAUGAGCGAGUCGACCAAGGCGUACAUCAACAACUUUGCACUGCCGCUCGACGAAUCGCUCGAGUUUGUCACUGCGCCAAUUGCACCGACGCCGAUUGCCCCGACGCCCGCUGGACCGUCGCCCCUGGCCGUGCGUCCAUCUCUGACAGUAACGUCGAACCCGCGUUUGCAUUGGGGCACGUCGCCCAUCUUGCCCGCGCGACUCGGUCGCCACCGCCUCAGCGUCGAUCCGAGUCCGAUCACCAAGAUCUCGCCGCAGCUCGACGAGCACUCGCUGGACGUAUCGUUUGAAGUCGACGAUGACGACGAGAGCGAGGUUGUCGUCGCCAAGCGCAUUAGCUUUGGCGCGUUUACGGCCAAGCACGCCAAGCCCGCUCCGGUCGCCGGCGGCGCCAUCUCGCCGAUCCGAGAAGAAACCAGCAGCACCGACACAUCGCUGCAUGCGGCUCUGUCGCGCUCGCACCUCCACGAUGACGCCAACGUCUCGUUCUCGCUCCUCAACCUCUCGCGGGACCAAAUGGCGUUUGUGCAGACGAAGCGCCAGCGCAACCACCAGCGCCGCUUGUCGUUCUUUGAGCACGCCCCUCGGCGGUCAUCGUUCUUUGUGCCAUCGACGGUCGUGUGCACGCCAACGGUCUUGCCGGACGGCGUCGCAACACUCGUCUUGUCGUCGGGCUUUCUCAACAUGACGCAUGAGGUCGCGAGCGUCAGCAAGCACUGGCACCACACGUGCUCAGCGGUGCGCGCAUGGACCCGAGCCGACUACAAGGCGCUACCGCUGGUGGAGGGUUCGUUGACGGAAGCGUACCCGCGCGGCCAGUUCCUUGCCGACGGCGCCUACAAGCGCGUGUACAAGGUCCAUGCAUCGGCGGCCAACCGGGAAGAAGCCAUGAGCGUCAUGGACGUGCGCGCGAUCGAGGAGUUGGGAAACGAACACAUUGUCCAGCAAGAGAUUGCAACGUCGCUGCUCGUGUCGGACCUCGUCGCGGCCAACGUGUGCCCCAACUUUGUCCGCGUGCACCAAGUACUGCUUGCCAAUGCGGCCGCGCCUGCUGUCUGGGGCGGUCCGCCGCCGACGACGGAAGCCAAUGGUCGGUUCCUCUACACCUGCAUGGAGCUCUGCGAUGGCGGCAACGUCGAGGACUACCUUCGCACCCACGGGUCCCUUGACGCGCACGACGUGGUCGCCUACUUUUUUCAAAUGUGCUUUGCGCUCUACACGGGCCGGGCGACGCUUGGGCUCCGGCACUUUGACAUCAAGUUGCUCAACUUUUUCCUCCAAUCCCACGACGCGGGGGUCGUCGCGUACGAGUUUGACGGCGCCACGUACACGCUCGCGGCCAGCGCGUGGGUCAAGCUCGCAGAUUUCGGGUCGGCGACCACCGAAGAAGGCUCGCUGACAGCCCCCAUUGGGGUUGAGCACUGGACCACAUAUGAGAACGCGCCGAUCGAGUUUUUCGUCGACGGCGACGACGCGCUCCAGGGGUAUGCGGUCGAUACGUUUGCUUUGGGCUUGUGCCUACUGCACCUCGCCACCGGCAGUCUGCCCUACGAAGAGCUCUUGGCUGACGUUGUGUGCCCCAAAGGUCUCAAGGCGACCCUCCUCCGUCUCUGGAAGGUGAAACGUGCCAAGAAGGGUGCGCCGUCCUUCUCGAUCCUUCAGAAAGUACUGCGGCGUGACGCCAGCCACAGCGACGUGCUCUGCGACACGUUGUAUCGGUACUGCGUGCUCUUUGGCCUGGCGUCGCUCCAGAGUACGUCGGGUGUUGCGACCGCACUCCGAUCGCAGCUGCUCGGAAAGACCAACGCACGCCGCCUGUCGCCCGACGCCAAGCAGUUUUGCGCCGACGUCGGCGCAUAUUCGCUCGCAACGGGAUCCCACCCGGCAGUGGCGGCUGCCCGCGCCCGCCUCGUGGCCAUCGACGGCCUCAAUCUGCUUGAGUCACUCGUGGACUUUGCACCGGCGCGCCGCCCGAGCCUCAAGCGGGUGCUCGCCGCCGACAUCUUUGCGACGCUCCGCGUAGCCACGACGACGACACCGGACGUAUUGGUUGCCACGUACAAGACGGCGGUCGUCGACGUCUAAGGUCGUGAUGGCAUUUUGAUAAUUUGAUACUUUGGUACAUUGAAACA